AUGGAGCACCAUGAUUUUUACAAGGGCUGUUCCUCCAAACGAGACUUGAUUGCAGUUUCAGCAGUUGCUUUACAGGAUCAUAUAAUACACAGUCAUCAGCUCCAGGAUCUUUCAUUAGCAGAUCUUUUUAAGUCAAGGACAAGGAAUACCAAGAACGCUUACAGACCCGUGAACAAAGAAUUGGUCAGGGCAGUAGUAGAUACUGGACUAAGAGAAAAGAGCACUGACCACAAACACAAGGAAGAUGCAGAAAAGGAGUAUGUUCUUGAUCCCAGUCCUCCACAGCUAACGUUAGCUCAGAAAUUAGGCCUAGCUGAGCCUCAUUCCUUGCCACUAACUGCUGAAGAAUGGGUAAAAAUGAAGCAGAGAUCCAUACAGCACAGAGGCUCCAUACAGCCUUGUGCAAUAUGCAGGGAAGAAUUUGCACUUCAGCCUCAGGUGCUGCUUUCAUGUUCCCAUGUAUUCCAUAAAGCAUGCCUGAAAGCCUUUGAAAUAUUUACAGGUAAAAAGUUUUGUCCUCUGUGUAGAAAAGAGCAGUAUCAGACCAAAGUAAUACGUGAUGGGGCACGCUUGUUUAAAAUGUGCGCUAUUAGAAUUCAAGCUUCCUGGAGGUGACAUACUGUUAGAAAAUGGUAUAAAGACUUGAGCAAAACAGUGCCUCCUAAAGAUAGCGAAUUAAGAAAGCAAUUCUUUGAGAAAAAGGUUCCACAGAUCAGCAAUCAACUGUUGAGUUCUUACAUCAACCUGGAUGAAUUUUUUUUCUGACACAAUUAUUUUAUAGCUGCAAGUCCAGAUGUGUUUCAGCAUCUGGAAGGAAAAGAAAUAUUAAGUGCAACUGAGUGGGAGAAGAUCCAGAUGCAGGUUGGCAUUUGGCAAGAGAUAUUUGACUGCCCUGUCUGUAUCGUGCCCCUCAGUCCUACAGUUCAGUCUGCCCUUCUCCUUUCUGGUAACAGCAAUCAGUUUUCAGGAGAGCCUGUUCUGCUUUCUUGUUCACUUCUGUUUCAUCAUACCUGUCUUCAAGCAUUUGAAGAGUUUUCCUUGGGAGAGUGACAUAUUUGUCCUUUAUGUUGUUCAUAUUAUCAGAAGAAAAUCCUCAACUGUUGA